AUAGAGUUUUAUACACAGAACGGAUGUGUGUUGCGGUUUUAUGAGCCGAUUUACUUACGACAGAGAGUGUGAUACAGUUUUCGAACAUUCAAUGAUGAUUCACUUAAACCGUUCGUAAUUUUCGAAAACCCUCAUAAUACUGAAGAAAUUUAUGUUCGGUAUCUUAGACAAGAGAAGUCAAAUAUGGUUAAUAAACCGAACUUACGAGGAAAGAAGAAGUCAAUUAUGGUUAAUAAUCAUACUUUACUGUUUCUUUCUUAAAACCUAGUAUUUUUCUUGCAUGUGUGUAUAUAAUCUUUGGUUACCUGUAAUAAUGGCAAGUGAAAAGUAUUAAAUAUUUUUAAGAUAUUCCAAUAGAAGAAUAAAAUUUUAAAUAUAAGGUGAAGAUAAGAAGGAACAAAGUUUGUCAUUUUUGUAUGUGAAUUGAUAGUGAAAAUUUCACAAUUAAACAAAAAAUGAAUCCAGAAGAAAUAGAAUUUUUAGCAGAAAAAGAAAGUAUUUCAAUUAUUCCUACUUUUAAUAAUGAUGUGAUCCACUUAAUAACGGGUGAUGUAGGACCCUUUCGAGCUAGUCUACCUACUAAUGUACCCCUUUGGAUGGCUAUCACACUAAAACAACAACAAAGAUGUAAAAUUCAGCCUCCAGAUUGGAUGAAUGUGGAAAAAUUGGAAAGCAUAAAGGAAGAAGAAAAACAAUCAAUAAAUUUUACAAAAAUGCCUAGUGAUCAUUAUAUGGUAGAAGCUAAAGUUCUUUUGGACUAUGCUUCUGAUGACAUUCCCAAAGCAGAUGAGGUGAGAACUAUUAUAAAAGAUAUAUGGGAUAUAAGAAUGUCUAAAAUACGAUCAUCUGUAACAAAACUUGUAAAAAAUGGAGAAUUUUAUGCUGCUGUAGAUAACUUGACUAUAAUGGAAAUUAAUUCAAUGAGGCCAAUACUACCACAUGCAUUAGAUCAGUUAUAUAGGAUGAAAAAAACUAGAAGAAUAAGACCUUCCCAAACUUCUUCAAAUGCUUCAUCUUAUUUACUUGGGAAACCUUCAACUUCUUUUAAUGUCUCAAAUUAAUUUAACAAUUAAUCCACUGGAGUUCCUGCCCCUAUUAAAACGUGUUCAUAACUACCAUAUUUUUUUAUUCUACAUUAAAAAAUAUAAAUUCUGUCAA